AUGCCGUACAACAUUGCCAUGGUCUCCGACUUCUUCUAUCCUCAGCCAGGUGGUGUAGAAAGCCACAUAUACCAGCUUUCUACUAAACUCAUCGACCGAGGCCAUCGGGUAGUAGUCAUCACACACGCCUACGACAACCCCAAACGAAGUGGCAUCCGAUAUCUCACCAACCGCCUGAAGGUCUACCAUCUGCCACACUGGGUGGUGUACCGAUCUACAACCUUCCCCACGGUCUUCUCAUCGUUCCCAAUUUUACGGCAGAUCUUCAUCCGAGAGCAAAUCGAGAUUGUUCAUGGACACGCAUCGCUCAGUAACUUGUGCCACGAAGGCAUACUACACGCUCGAACGAUGAGCCUACAUACCGUCUUCACUGAUCACAGCCUGUUCGGCUUCAGUGAUGCUGCCAGCAUCAUGGCGAAUAAGUUGCUGAAGUUCAGCAUGAGUGAUGUGGACCAUGUCAUUUGCGUGUCGCAUACUUGCAAGGAGAACACAACACUGCGAGCCUCACUGAAUCCACUGGCAGUCUCGGUGAUUCCAAAUGCUGUCGUCCCGAGCAGCUUCCAGCCGUUGCAGCCACAUGAGUUCAAGUUAUCCCACCACGCGAGCGACAAAGGCGCCCUACUACCUCCACCACCGGAUCCGAGUCAUCCUGUCGGCCCAGGAGAUCCCAUCACCAUCAUUGUCAUCUCCCGGCUCUUCUACAACAAAGGCACCGACCUGCUCAUCUCCGCACUACCGCUGCUCCUCGAACGACACGAAAACUUACGCUUCAUCAUCGCCGGCUCCGGACCUAAAGCCAUCGAUAUGGAGCAAACGCUGGAUGCGCUCCCACAGCAGCUGGUCUACACAGCUUCAGGCCAAAGCCGUGUGGUAUUACUGGGCAGCAUCCGCCACGAAGAAGUCCGCGACGUGAUGGUCCGGGGGCACCUCCUCCUCUCCACCUCUCUCACAGAGGCCUUCGGCACCGUGCUAGUCGAAGCCGCAAGCUGCGGCCUCAUGGUUGUCGCCACCCGCGUCGGCGGCGUGCCCGAAGUCCUGCCCAGUAACAUGACCGUCUUUGUGCUCCCCGAAGUCGAAGACGUGGUCCGCGGCGUCACGGAAGCCGUCGGCGUGCUCACCAGUAAAGCAGUCCGCAGAGAUAAGUUCCACGACUUGGUGAAGAACAUGUACAGCUGGGCGGACAUAGCGCGUCGUACUGAACGGGUGUACGACCUUAUCACUGGAUCUUCUUCUGCGCCGGACAACGAAGGUUUUUAUGACGAAGAAUGGAUGCACUACGGGCAGCCGGCGCAGCCGCAUUCGUUUGCGCUGAUGGACCGGUUGAAGAGGUAUUUCGGCUGUGGCAUUUGGGCUGGGAAACUGUUUGUUAUUGUGGUGGUGAUUGAUUACUUGAUCUAUUGCGUGCUGGAGAUGGUGUAUCCGAGAGAGAAGAUCGAUGUUUGCAAGCCAUGGCCAGCUGUGGCCAGGAAGCGGUUUGAGGGUGAAGAGGAGCAAAGUGUGAAUGGAACGUUGGAGCGGUAUGGGACUGUGAAGCAGAAGCAUCGGAGGAGGAAGGCAGACGAAGGUGCUGUCAAUGGUUUCAAUGAUGAGGGCUGA